AUGGGUUUUUUCAGAUUCUCCCUUUUUUUCGUUUCUUUAAAUUAAAAAUUAGUUAGAAAUAUUGAAGCAAGUUUAUUAAAAAUCAUAAUAAGAAAGUAUAAUUUUUGUUAAUUAAUUAGAUUAAUAAAUGGUGAGCACCAUAGAAAAAGAUUACAAGACUAAGAAAAAGUUAAAAGAAGAAUUAAAUAAUUAUACCUAAAAAUUAAAUGA